AUGGCUUCCACCGAGGUCCUCUCCCAGACCCUCUCCUCCAUCACGGCCAUCAAACUUGACCAACUCCAGCAGCAAAAGGAGGCUUACGGAAACAAGAAGAGAUCUCUGCUUGAGGAGGUUGCCUCCGAGUCGGACACCGCGGUACGAGCCAAGAAGCUGCUCAAGGGCUGCAAGGACCUUCAGUCUCUCGGCCUGAAGAGGAACAGGGCCCUAUCCAGCCUGGGCGAGUUCCUUGACCAAGCCAAAUAUGACCCCUCCAUUACCGAGCCCUUCCUGAAGGAAUACGAGGCCGAGAUCAGCCAGCACAUGGACGCGCAGACCAACAAGUACGAGUUUGCGUCGCUCUACGGCAAGCUUGUUGAGGAAUGGAUCGCGUCCGGUAACUCGGAUGCCGCGUCAACGGCCGAGGGAUCCAACUUUGUCGUCGUCGGCCGCGAGGAGAUGCAUGAGCAGCGCGCCACUUGGGAAGAGUAUGUCUUCAAGGCCAAGGACACCGACCCCAAGGCCAUCAAGACGUACCUGGGCGACGUGUUCUCCUCAAAAGAAGCGAAACGCUAUCUGGGGAUCGUCAGGAAAACCCUGGAGCGUUUCCAAAAGGAUUGGAAGUCAAUGCGCCACUUCGACGUGGACACUCUGGACACCGUCAUUCAGGGUAUGCUGAGAAGCGACAUUCUGACCGAAGAGAAGCGCACCACCCUUCGUGACUUCAAAGCGAACAAAGUGAUUCUCUCGGAGAUUGCAGAUGUGCUCAACAUGCGCCUGUCCACCAUGGCGACCUGGUCAUGGGGCACGCCUCUCAUCGUCGAUCAACGGCGGAACAUCAACGGCCGAUACCGGUUCUACACGGAUGAGGAUCUAUUGCACUCCAUUUUGGUGUAUUACGUGGGCCUACGAUGGGCGGUCCAGCUUCGCGAGGCUCUGACCACGUUCACCAAAGGCGACGGCGUCUGGAAGUCUGACACCAAGCCCAUUUCCAAGGAUGACGCGCGCCGCCACCGCUUCUUUCUCGACGACUACUUAGUGCUGAACUCGAGCUCGGUUCAAAAGUUACGUGACAUUCACUUCCACAGCAUUCUCCUUGACCAGCUUCCCAGGUCCUUCGACGAGGUCAGGGAUACCUAUGCCGGCUCCGGGGACAAGGCGGGCGAUACGAAGCCGAGUCCUGUCACGGUCGUCCAGGAGCUACUGCAGCGCCUCCAGGCCGAAAUCAUCAUGCAGACGAAGCUAGGGAAGGAUGUCACCGUCAUCCGCUCCGACUUCAAGUGGUUUGGGCCGUCUAUCCCCCACUCGACCAUCUACGCCGUUCUCGAGUUCUUUGGCGUGCAAUCGGAAUGGAUCGACUUUUUCAGGCGCGUUCUCGAGGCGGAGAUACGGUUCAAGCAGGACUCGCCGGAUGCUCCUGUGCAGAUCCGGAAACGUGGCACGCCCAUGUCAACCCCCAUCACCGACCUUUUCGGGGAGUCUAUCCUGUUCUGCCUGGACUAUGCCGUAAACCAAAAGGCCGCCGGCACCCGCCUGUAUCGGCUGCACGACGACAUGUGGCUCUGGGGCAACUCGGGGACUUGCGCCGACGCCUGGAAGGUCAUCACCCAGUUCACCGACACCAUGGGCUUGGAGCUCAACUCAGAGAAGACAGGCUCCGUACAGGUCAAGAGCGACAACGGCACCGCGGCAUCGACGACCUCGUCGGGGACGCUGCCCGAAGGCGACGUGAAGUGGGGUUUCCUAAAGUUGGACCCUGCCACGGGCCGCUUCUUGAUCAACCAGGACGAGGUGGACAAGCACAUCGACGAGCUCCGCCUCCAGUUGUCGGCGUGCCGCAGCAUCCUGGACUACAUCCAGGCGUGGAACAUCUACGGGCACCGUUUCUUCGCCAACAACUUCGGCAAGCCCGCCAACUGCUACGGGCGCGCCCACAUCGACAGCAUGCUCGCCACCUUCCGCCGCAUCCAAGACAAGCUCUUCCCCGACCAUCCCGGCGGCGUCGGCGAGCACCUCAAGCUGACCAUCGCCUCGCGCUUCAACAUCCCCCCCUCCCACAUCCCCGACGGCUACCUCUACUGGCCCUCCUCCCACGGCGGCUUGGGCCUCAAAAACCCCUUCAUCUCCCUCCUCCUCUUCCGCCGCCAAGUCGAGAAAGACCCCGCCAAGCUCAUGACCAAGUACCUCUCCGAGGAAGAAUUCGUCUACGCGCGCGCCAAGGCCCGCUUCGAAGCGGGCUUCAGCAUCCCCGCGCUGCAGGACAACGACGACGCUUCGGACAUGUCAGACGACGAUAGCGAUGAUGACGACGACGACGACACCUCGGUGGUCACGUCAGACAACGGCGACGACGACGACGCCUCGAUGGUCAUGUCGGACAACAACGACGACGACGCCUCGGUGGUGGUCAAGUCGGACCGCCCCGGCACCAACCGGUGGGGGGCGUCCAGCUGGCGGGACGGGCCCGAGUGGGCGGACCUACGCGACCAGCCGUUCAUGUCGGCGGCCGAGUUUGCGCGCUACCGCGAGCUCACGGAUGCGCGGCUGGGGAGGCUGUAUCGUCAGCUGAUGGCGGCGCCGGAGGUCAAGGCGCUGGGGCCGACGGGGGAGGUCAAAGCGGCGCUGCCAGAUAUGCCGACGUGGAGUGCCCUGGGCGAGUACGAGCAGUGGGUGGUGCAGCUGUAUCAUAAGGAUAUUGUGGCGCGGUUUGGGGGCGUGGAUGUGGUGGAUCAGGGGCUGUUGCCGACCGGGUUGAUGUCGAUGUUGAGGGAGAGUAGGUUCCGGUGGCAGGGGUGA